AUGUCGACAAUAAAAUUCAUACGUAACGCUACUAUUAAUAAUACAAGACAUUGUGUCAAAUGUAGUAAAAGUAAUAGUAUAUCAACCUGUGAUGGAUGUCAUUUAACAUUUUGUGAGAGACAUGCUAUUACACAUCGACAAGAACUUACUGAUCAAUUAGAAAAUAUUAUACACGAUCAUAAUUUACUUCGACAAGAUAUUGAACAAACAUCAAAUGAAUAUUUAUAUUCAAGAAAAAUAGAUAAAUGGGAACAAGAAUCAAUAAGAAAAAUAAGAACAGCUGCAGAAAAUGUACGAAUUGAAUUAAAACAAAUAUUUGAUAAAACAAAAAUACGAUUAACAAGAAUAUCAUGUGCUAUUGCAUUUGAUCUUAAAUCAUCAUGUAAAACAGACGAUUAUUUAGAAAAUGAUUUAAAACAAUGGAUCAAACAAUUAAAUGAUCUUCGAUUAGAAAUUCAAUCAUCAUAUUCACUUGAAUUAAUUGAAGAUCAACAAUCUCCGAUCUAUCUUAUUAAAACUAUCAAUAAGAAAUUUUCUAAUAUCCAUAAGAAUACGAAUCAUAUUGUACCACAUUCUACUGCUUGUGAACGUUUUCUUAAAGCAACAUAUCCUGCUUCUAUUACAAGCGGAGGUUUAAUUGCUAAACAUAUGGGACCUGAUUUAGAUUAUGGAUAUAUUAUUGGUAAACAACAUUAUUCUCAAGGUAGUCAUAUUGUUCGAUUUCAAAUUAUACAAAAUGCUCUUCCAUAUAGAAUUUUCUUUGGUUGUAUAUCAUCCGAAGGAAUUUCAAACACAAUGAAUUAUGAUUCAUCAUUUGUUGUUGGAUGGUUUGGUCAUAAUGAAAUAUAUCAACAUGGUAUUUGGAAUAAUAAUAUAAAUAUAUAUGGUUAUGAUAGUAAUAAAAUUCAAACAAAUGAUAUAUUAUAUAUGAUAUUUGAUUGUGAUAAAAAACAAAUUGGAUUAUAUCAUGAACGAUUAAAUAAAACGCAUAAACUUUCAGUUAAUAUUGAUAAAGCACAUUUUCCUUGGCAACUUUUAAUUAUAUUAACGCAUGAAAAUGAUUCGGUGAAAAUUUUAAAUCAAAAAUAA